AGGGACAAGCACAUCGCCUUUACAGCUUGUUUGCUCGGGUGAACGAGGCUGCAAAACAUAAGCAGGGACUGGGGUUUGGCGACCGUAAGUCGUCACCCCAUGGCCAUGGCGCCUCGGCGCCGGAAGGCGUUCUGUCUUCCUUUGUCCGGUCGUCCACAAGUUUCGCUGCGGAGACGACCAAGAAACCUUUUCAAUCAUCGGCCGCUGCUUAUGAUGACAGUGACGACGAUAUGCCGGCGGCGAAGCGCCAGCGGCAGCAACGCGAUAGCAGCCUGUACCAUGACGAGGGUAGAGGUGCUGGGCGGCUGUCCCUAAGCCAUGGCAGCGGCAGGCCCCAGCCAGGCGGCGCAGAGGGCGGGCGACGGGGACAGGAUGACGGCCGUCGUGGUGGCGAUGCUGGCGGGCUCGGCACUGGCAAGGGACCCCGCGACUACGCCUCUCUCAUUGAAGGUUUUGAUGCGAUGAAUCCCGCGGAGAAGCUCCGUGCCCGCACUCGGCUGGCACUUUCACAAGCCGAUGCCCGCGUCCGAAGCAACGCAGCAGCAGCAGCCGCUGCCGCUGCUGCUAACUCGGAAACAGCCGCGCAUGAUAGAGCAGGAGGCGGCGCUGGCGGCGGCAGGAGCAGCAGCGGCGGCGGGUCCACUUGGACGCGGUUCGUCUUCAACAGCGAUGCGUUGUUAGACGAGGAAGGCGCGCGGCCCUCCCUGGCUUCCUCCUGGGAUGCGGACGGUGCCAAUGCAGCCGGCGGCGAUGCUCCGGAUGAGAAGCGCUACAAUAGCCACGGUCUGGCAGAGGAGUUGGAUCGGGGGGAGCUCAAUGCGCUCACGUUCCGCCGUACGGGCGACAUGGAACGGCGCCAGCAGGCGUUACGUCGAGCGGAGGCGCAGCAUGAGGAUGCCAUCUUUGGGUCGUCACAGCCUCAGCUGCCGCCGCCGCCGCCAGCACAGCCAUUGAAGUCGCAGGCAGCGAAAUCGCAGGCAGAGCGUGAUGACCCACGGGUCAGUCGCAGUAAAAGCGAUGGCAGCGGGAGCGGCGGCGGCGGCAGCAGGCCUUACGGGACGGGGCAGCGGGAAUUGGAACGUGGUGAUCGACGUGGACACCAGAGUGCACGUGAGGGGGAUUGGAGAUGGGAACGAGAUCGCGACCGAGAGAGGGCGCGAGGAGAGCAGCGUGAGCGGGAACGAGAUCGGCAUCAGGAUGAUCGGCAACAGGAUCGGGAGCGGGAGCGGCGGCGUGAGCGGGAUUCCGACCGUGACCGGGGAUAUGCCGGAAGCGAUCGGGA